CAUCAGAAACUCUUGGCAUAAUCAACACACAUCGAAAAAAGAAACCUCGAAAAUUAACCCUCGAUAGCCGCAAAAACAAACACACAGCCAUAAUACCAUCUAUAGCGUGACAGAGAUACCAAUACUCGCCUCGCCGAUAAAUUGAAGCGAGAAGCAGCUUGGCCCACGCCCCGUCCACCUGAGCGCAUGUCCGAGAGGGCGGACCAGAGAAGCCCUAGAGCGGCCCCCAUGUAAUAAAGAUGACUAUUUUGAAAUCUCACUUCAGUUUGACAGAUCCGUUUUGCUGGUAAACACUCACUCGCGUCCCAAGGAGAGUCAAGUGUGUGUCACUCACUCGUUUGACGGUUUAGUUAAGCAGUUAGUGUGGUGUAUGUAUUAUUAUUAUGGCGUUCGAAGAUAGGUCGAGUCCAAAUACGGCCACCAGUGAGGGAGGUGGUAGCGGCAACUUCAACUCACCUAACUCACCUGAGAGUACUAGAACCUCACCUUACACUUGUAUGACUAUUUCUAAUUCGGCUCAGGUUGUGCCAAAAAUGGAACAUUCGGAAAGGUCAUUUUUUAGAAUCACCUCUUUUGCUUUACCAAGUCCUAAAAGAGAGAGUGACUCGCCUGUAAGUUACAGAACACCAUCACCUGCCUCAAGCAUGUCUCCUCCUCCGGAAGUGAUACAACCCAUCAAGUACUCAAUAAGGAAUAUUUUAGAGCCCGAUUUUGGUAAAAAUGCCGUACUAAAAACGAAAUCUCAUCAACCGAAUAAGGCAAUAGGUUUUCGUCCCUAUGAAAUUGAAAAUAAGAAGAGCGCUUUGGGAUCUUUAUGUCAGGCAGUAUCUCAAAUUGGCACUACAACCCCUAAUAUUCAAAAUAACAAUCCCAAAUUGCCACCCUCGGCACCAUCGAGUCCAGUAAGUUUGAAGAGCCCGAGUUUGCUUAGCCCCAAAGAGGUGAAGAAGGAUGAAAGCAAUGUGCCGAAUUUGUGGCCUGCCUGGAUUUAUUGCACUAGAUAUUCUGAUAGACCUAGUUCAGGUCCUCGUUCAAGACGUAUGAAAAAACCAAAUAGCACCCCAAACAAAUCAGAAGAUAAACGUCCCAGGACAGCGUUUUCUAGCGCACAGCUUGCACGCCUUAAAGCUGAGUUUAAUGAGAGUCGCUACUUAACCGAGAGCAGACGCCAGAAGCUGAGCGCUGAGCUGGGACUGAACGAAGCUCAAAUUAAAAUCUGGUUCCAGAAUAAGCGGGCGAAAAUCAAGAAAAGUUCCGGACAAAAAAAUCCUUUGGCUUUGCAACUAAUGGCACAGGGGUUGUAUAAUCAUAGUACAGUGGCGUGCGAUGAGGACGAUAUGCCUUUGACAGGUUAACACGUGCCAAAAGGUUAUUAAGAUGAUGUAUGCGUUUGUGAUCUCAUAUUUUUUUAUUUAUUUAUGAUGUUGUACAUAUUGUACAGUGUAGAUUGUUAUAUCCAUGUGGGCAUAUUAUAUCGUUAUACGUGUUAUAAUGUAUAUAGUUUAGUAUUAUGUUGAUGAAGAUAAAGACUAUCUCAUGAGAAAACGUAUUUGAUUAAAAUUUAUCUUGUGUAAAUCUUUGGUGAUUGAUCACGUUUAAGAUCUAACAUUGUGAUCUGCUAUGGAUGACGUUUUUCUUUAUGGGACCUAUCCUUGCUUAAUAUACCAAAUUUAAAAGUGGCAUUUUAGUUGUUUAUAAAUUGUAAAAAAUAUAGAUUUGCCAAAUGAUACGCCUCUGAAAAUCAGCUUUAUAGAGAUUUAAAUAUUGUAUUAGAAAUGACUGCAUUCCUCCCUUAUAAGUGACGGCUAUGACUGUUGUUUUCUGAUGUAUAGUUAGACUGACGACUUAUUAUUUAAUAUUUAGUGCAAUGAUUUUUUUUGUAUAUAGUAUUAUUGUUAUGGUAUAUAGAGAUGAAAUACAAUUUCUGUUCUUCCUUA